GUGGAAGGAUAUUUUGGUGCUGUUUAAGAACUUUUGUUUUAACUAGAUAAACGAGAAGACAAUAAGCAGAUAAGAUUUACCAGUUUAAACUAACUGAGAUAAUGAGUGGUGAAUCUGAUGAAGAGGAGUUUGAGGAUGCCAGAAGUAGAAACUCUGAUAGCGAUGAAAAUGAUGACUCUCCGGAUAUAUGGCAUGGGCCUGACAUGCCUCAAGAUACUUAUUUAAACCAGGACAAUAAUACUAAAGUAGACACAGAAUUUGUAGCCUAUUUAAGCACAGAGCUACCAAAAGAGGAGAAUAAUCACCCCACAGUACCACCCAAAACUUUUAAACAGAAAAAAAAUGCUUUUGAGAAACCAAUGGACAUGGAAGAGAAAAGAAAGUCAGAAGGAGAGGAACAGAACCAGCCAAUGUUAAGAUACAAAACCAAUGAAGAGGGAAACAAUAGUGAGAAUAGAAUGUCUGUAAAAGACAGGGCCAAAAUGUUUGAACAGUCAGAGGAACCAUUUCGAUCCAAAUCUGUGGAAUCUAAUGCUGAAAACUUAUCACCAAGGCAACAGCCUGACCAAGAGAGCCAUAUAAGCUCUGAGAUAGAUCGGCCAUUCCCAUGGCCAAAACAACAUACAGGAACACAACCGUCUUCACAUUUGGGAUGGCCAGGCACUCCCCCACCAGAGGAAGGAACAUAUAGCCCUGGCAGACAGUUCUCUCAAUACCAAGGUGUUUCAAAAGAUACAACAGGUCUCCCCCGUCCAGUUUAUAAUCCUAAACAAACAGGUCCAAGAGAAUUGCAACCAAUAUCUCCUGAAAAGCCUCAUGAAUGGAAUCAAUAUGCAUAUUAUGGAUAUCAACAUCAAAAUCAACCAUGCCAUGUUCCACCAGUGGUAGUUGAUUCUGAUAUACCAGUUUUAGGUCAAGAGCAGAUAAAGGUUAAACCAGAACACAAGCAUGGUUUACCAUCUAAUAAGACAGAAAAUCCUGUCAGACAAGUUCCAACAGAAAAAGGAGAGAAAAAAGGAACACAGCAAAAGAAAGGAGGAGAAAAAACCGGUACACCAAUAAAAGAGGAUGGUAUAUAUGAAGUUCCCAAAGGGAAACCAGCCGAAGGAAACGACAGUCAAGAUGUAAAUGCAGCUGAUAAAAAGCCUGGUUCUUCUCAACAGAAGCGAGAGAAGUGUUAUAUAUGUGUGUCUGGUAUUGACAAAGAUGCAAGUACUGAAACAAUCAUUAAUUUGCUGGAAGGAAGAGCCAAAGUUGGUAUAAUUACUGAACAGUCAGUAAGGGACAAGGAGGAUCAUGCUGUUUUUGUAUUUAAGGAUAAGAUAGAUAUAAAAAAACUUACAGAAUCAUGUAGAAGCAAAAAAUAUACAAGUAUUAAUUUGGAAUUUGGAGAAGUUGAUCCACCAAAGAUUCUUAUAGCCAGUUCCCAGGAUGAUAGAUUUACAAAAGAAACUUUCAGAAAUUAUUUAGAGUCCAAAAGGAAAAUGUCUGUUAAGAAAGUUUAUACAACUGAUGAAGAAGGAUAUGUUUCAGCAAAGUUUGAGGGAAAUUCUGAAGUUGAAAAAAUUCUAGAGGAUGCCAAUAUUAAAAUAGGUGGCUUUCAAGUUAUUGUUUCACCAAUGUAUUAUUGUGACCAUGGGGUGUGUAUGAAUCACAGUUUGCAUAGAGUUUCCAUUCCUGCUCCAUUCAAACCAUCUGUUCCAAAUAGUCAUAUCAAAUCUUUCAUCAUAGAAAUUACAUCAGUAUGUGAUGCUAAACUUAAAGCACAUCAUGGUCGAUUGAUACAAAAAGAUGAAAUCCAUAUUGAAUGUACACUUGACCCUAAAAGCAAAGAUACCAGAAAGAAAGUUCAAACAUGGGAGAAGGACAUAAGAAAAGCAUGGGAAGAAUUUGUUAAAGAUUGUGCUCACAAAAAGGAAAUACAAAUUAACGAUGCAAUAAAAGAAUCAUUACUUGAACAUAUAAACAAAACUAAAAUUAGUCAUACUUCUGAAAAAUUGAAAGUUUUGUUUCAUGAUGAUUCACAACUAAAAUUUGUAUUUGUUGGUGAAUCCAAAAUUGUUGAAAACUUCCAUAACCAAGUUUCAGCUAAGAAGAUAGAAAUUCAAAAGAAGUUAGAUAGAAAGAAUAAAAUCACAAGAAAAACAAUGAAGAAUAUAAGUCCAUUACACCUUGCUUUAUUGAAACCAGUGCUUGAUGAUCUGAAGUCCUUGGCAGAUGAUUUUAGCCUUGAAGCAGAUGACACUAGUGGACAUGUGACCUUGAUAGGUGUUCCUGAUGAUAUUAGGUCUGCAGAGGUCAAAAUUUAUGAGGAAAAAAAUGAUUUUGAAUUUUGGCAAAUAGAUGAUCUUUCCAUGAAUAAAUGUAAACUACUGGAGAAGGACGUGAUUCUUCAGACCAUUGUGGAGAACAUUAGAGAUAACCAUCUCCAUGUUGUUAUUGAAGUUAUACCACCAGUAGUUAAAGUUUGCACAAAUUGUCAGAACAAAAGAAAAUUGGUUGAAAAGAUAAUCAAGGAUGAAAUAGGAGAGGAAAAAAUUGUAUUAGAUUCAACAAAUCAGAUUGUGCUCACAAUUGAUGAAUGGACAGACAAAAAGGAGGAAAUACAAAAUAUUUUCAGUGGGACUUGUAUUAUAGAUGAUAGUCAAGGUGACAGUAUUGUUGUCACUGCUAGGAGUCUGCUUCUUGAUGGUAUAAUGGCGGAAUUAAAUGAUUUCAUUGUCAGUCAUUCCAUAUACACUGAUACUGUACGAAUUCAAGAUGAUGGAGUCAUGAAAUAUCUGGAAAAGCACUGCAGCAACUGGAAAUCAAGUCUAGAAUUUGAUCAGAGUAAACAUGCAUUGAAAAUGGAAUUUAAAAGAAAGAUGGCAUAUCUAUCUGGUACCAAAGAUGGGAUUUCUAAGGCAAAAGAGGAAAUAAAUGAUAAAAUCCGACGAAUUGGUCAACCAGACCCUCACAGUAUAUCGAAACCAGGUAUUGAUUCAUUAUUUGAUAAUAAACGCAAGACUUCAAACAUACUUGAUCAAAUAGAAGAUGACACAGAGACUAUUAUAUUGGUGGAUGAAAACCUCAAGCGUGGAGCAAAACCAAAACAAGUUGAUCAAGAUAAACAGACAGAUGAAGAUUUUGUGAUGGAUUAUGCAGCUCAAAAUUUCCACAGACAAAAUACUGGAAGAAAAAUGCAUAGGAAACAGUUUCCACAGAGAGGACAUGAAGUGCCUAAGACAGGACCAUAUGUUUGCAGCAACAAAACUAAAAUCACAUUGGUGCUGAAGCAGGGCCUAAGCACACAACAGGCUGAUGUACUUGUCUGUUCCACCAAUGCUACGUUAGACUUGAUUGGAAAAGCAGGAAGUGACCUUGUCAAAGGCGCAGGUCAAGGUAUAGUCCAAGAAAUCAAGAGUAAAUAUACAGGAGGUAUUAAACAUGGUGAUAUUGCUGUUCUUCAAGGUCAUGGCCUGAGCUGUCAACAAGUUUUUCUUGCCGCUUUACCAUCAUGGAGAGCUGGUGUUGAAAAGACUCUGCAGGAUAGCUUGAAUGCUUGUUUACAGAAUGCCUCUGGUUACAAGUCAAUAGUUCUACCUGCCAUGGGAACUGGUGCUCUGGGUUAUCCUCGUGACAAAGUAGCAGAAUUGAUGUAUUCAACAGUCUGUGAAUUUGAUAAGACAGGAAGUAAUUUAAAGGAUGUGAGAUUUUUGUGUUUUGAUGAUGACACAAUUAAGGCAUUCCAAGAUGAGGAAGCCCGUAGACUAGUUUCACUGGGACAUCAUGGACAAGCAACUGGUCCAUACAAGAAAAAAAAAAUUACAGUUACUGUUGUUAAAGGUGACAUGGGAAAAAUGACAACUGAUGUGUUAGUUGCUGCAGUACCAAACGAUUUAAAUCUAGAAACAUCAGGUGGAGCAGGCACAUCAUUGAUGAAACAUGUCCCUAAUCUUCAAGCAGAAAUCAAUAACAAAUAUUCAAAUGGUAUAAGAAUGGGAGGAUUUGCUGAAAUUCCAAUAACUAGUGGUGGAACUUGUAAAGCUGUAUAUUUAACUUCUAUAGCACCAUGGAAUGUAGAAAAGUCCAAGAAAGAUGAAGAUAUGCAAAUUUGGAAGUUUGUAUACACAUGCUUAGAGACAAUGAGCAAAUCCAGAUUACAUUCUAUUGCCAUCCCAGCUAUGGGUACUGGUAUAAUUGGAUAUCCUCCUUGGAGAGUUGCUGCCAUGAUGUACAAUAUUGUUGACAAAUUUUCUGACAACAACAAAAGCAGUAAAAUCAAGGAAGUGAAGCUAGUGGUUUAUCCUUCUGACACUACAACAGUGAAGGCAUUUGAAGCAGAAGAAGUGAAAAGAAUUCCAAGACCUAGCUCAGGACCAAAGAGAACAGUUAAUAUUUAUAGAACAGACACUAAAGAAUUUCUGAUUGGAGAUGAUUUGAAAUUCAGUGUAGAGCAGGGAAAUAUUCUUAAAAAGAAAUGUGAUGCUAUUGUUAACAGUACCAAUGUUGAUUUGGAUUUGUCGAAAGGUGCAGUAGCCCAAGCUUUGAAAGCUCAGUGUGACAAGAAGAAACUGGACGAAGAAUGCACAAAGAAAAGAGAACAUAUGAAGAAACACAAAAUAACAUCAACAAGUGGCUGUGGGCUUCCAGUACAGUUUAUUUUUCAUAUAACAUAUCAGUCUACGUCUGCACAAUGGAAGAAAAUGAUUGGAAAAGCAAUGAAGAAAGCUGAAGAUAAGAAAUUAAAGACUUUGUCACUUCCUGCUCUUGGAACAGGUGGCAAUGCUACAAAUCCUAAAUUGAUGGGUCAGACUAUAGUAGAGGGUCUCAAGGAGUAUUUAGAAGAGAAUGAUUUAAGAACAUUAAAACAUGUAUAUCUUGUAAUAUUUCAACCUGAUAUGGUAACAUCAAUGUUACAAGGUAUAGGCCAAGCAUCACAAACAGUUCCAGCCGCUGGUCCAGUUGGUAAAUUUGUUGUGAUGCAAGAUGACCCAGUAGGUAAUGAUACUGUAAGAUUUUUAAUCUAUGGAGAAAGGAACACUCACAGUGUCAAACAGAGGUUGAUGAAAGCAAUAGAAUCAGAGUAUGAAAAGAAAGAAAUGCAUGAUUCCAUGAUCAAAGAGUUAACGGCCAAUGAGGAAGCAGCAAUCCAUAGUGUGAAGAAAGAUUUUCCUAUUAAGAUAUGUAUAAAUAAAAAAACAAGUCAGCUAGUUUUAGAGGGGCUGAAGUCUCACAUAAUAGAUGCUUUAAAUAAAAUCCAUGGUUGGCUGAGCAAAUUUAGACAUAGACGCUUCUGUGAAGAGGAAGCAAAAAUCAUGAAUGACCAAGUUCAAUGGUUUUUCAAAGAAAUAGACCAACACGGAAAACAACUUCUUACACCAUAUCCUGAUUUGAUAAAUAUGCAUCUUGAGAAUGCACAUCGUGGUACUUCUAAACGAUCUGAUGUUGACUUUUAUUCAGCUUCUGGUGAUAAAUAUAUAAUUGAGUUGAAUACUAUGAAGGAAUAUCCCGUAAAUGAUCCAACUGACACAGUAGAAGUUAUCAGAAGAGAAAAAUUAAAAGGUGGCGACAUAUUUAGUCUUCCUUCUGAAUGGGAUGAUAAUAAUAAUCAGAAUUUGAAGGUUAUAACUCUGUUGACCAGCUCACAAGAAUUUAUGGAUGUGGUAAAACUGUUUAAGACAUCCGUAUUCAAUGGGCAAUACAAAACUCAGUUUAAUUCUUCAACUUUCAAAGUAACAAAAAUUGAAAGAAUUCAGAAUAUAUCUUUGUACCAGAUGUACGCAGCAAAAAGAAAGCUUAUAAAAGAUCAGAACCAGAAUUCAAAUGUUGUGGCUGAACAACAACUCUGGCAUGGAACUGGGAGUGAUGCAGUACCAAGUAUAAUAAUGUAUGGUUAUAACAGAAGUUAUUGUGGUAAAAAUGGUACAUGGUUUGGAUAUGGUGUAUACUUUGCAAAUGAUGCAUCUUACUCAGCACGAAACUGGGUUUCUCCUGGUGGAAUUACAACGAGUGUCAGUCAGAUUUUCCUGAGUAAAGUUUUAACUGGUAAAUACUGUAAAGGAGAUCCAAACAUGCGUGUUUUACCACAGAGGGGUGAUGGAACAAUGUUAAACUUUGAUUCUGGUGUUAAUGAUGUUAACAACCCUCUGGAGUAUGUCAUAUUCAAUGACACACAAGCCUAUCCUGAAUACUGUAUAUCUUUUGUAAAAUAAUGUACAAACAUAUUCUCCAGGUUGUACAAUGUUGGAAGAAAUAACAUAAUAGCAAUGUAUUGUGAUAUUGUUUUUUUGCAGUCUACGACUAAUUUUUGGGUUUUAAAAUAUAUUUAUGAUUAGUUAUGUUUUAUAUAAUGUUAUUUUAUGCUAUAUAUUGUGAUAUUGUUUUUUUUGCAGUCUACAACUUAUUUUUGGGGUUUUAAAAUAUAUAUAUGAUUAGUUUUGUUUUAUUUUAUGUUAAUGCAGCAUGCUUUUAAUUGAUCUGACGUUUAACAAAUAUAUACUUUGAAUAUUUAAGAAUAAUCAUACUUUUUUAUAUGUAUAAAUUAUUUAUUCUCAUUUAUCUGUGAUAGAAAGUGAUAUGUAAUGUUUGAAUCUCUGAUAACAAGUUAUCUUUAAACUUACUUCACUUAGUGAAAAACUAGUCCAUAUAAAAGGCAAAUGGUUUUCCUCAAACAUAGAGUCUUUUUAUGCCCCGCCAUAAUUGAGAGGGCAUUAAGUUUUACCAGUGUCCGUCCGUCCAUACACCCAAAAUUGGUAUCUGUUCUCUAACUUAAGACUGCCUCUACCAACAUGACCAAAUGUUAUGAAACUACACAAUGCUUCUUACCACAAACUACAGACCAAAUUUGAAUUUUGGCUCUAACUGUUCUACAGUAAUGCCCCUGUACAAUAGAAAUAAAAAAUCCUUUCUGUUCUCUAAUUUUAAUUUGCCUCAACCAAAUGGUAUGAAACUUAUACACAAUGCUUAUAAACACAAAAUACAGAUCAUGUUUCAUUUUUUUGGGGCCUCAUUUUAAGAGUUCUAUAGCUAUGACCAUUUACAAAUGUUAAAAUUGUUAUUUUUUUUGUUUCUGUUCUCUUUCUUUAGUUUGCCAGAUGCUAUUAAACUGAUACAAUAUAUAUACCUAUGACAUAUCAAUUCAGAUCUCAAUGCAAAAAAUCAUACAUAUUGCUGUAAAGAUUUGUCUAUAUAAAUGUAUAGGCAUACUUUCAAGAAGGCCCUUCAAACCUACAUAUUAUGCUUGACUGACUAAUAUUGAUUUUAAAAUGAUAAAUAAGAUCACUCACCUUUACUAAGAGCUUUAUAAAUAUAGUAAAACAUGACCAUGUAUUCUCUUAACUUAAAUGUUAUAUUUUUAUUAAUAAUUGAGAAAUUGAUUUUUGUCGCAAUUAUUAUAAAAUUUUGUUCAACUGAUCUGGUGGAGCAUUCAGUUUAAUUUGCACAAGGACAAUCUAUUUGAAAUGUGUGUGAUAAGGAUGAUUGCCAUUAUUUUUAAUAAUGACAAUGUGUAAUUUGGAUUUCAAUUGCUCAAUUUUUAAAUGUCUGUGAUAUAUAGAAAACUCUGUGAUUAAAGUAUUAAUUUUAAAUAGUACAUCUUGUGUGUAAAUAUGUAAAUCCAAGUUGAAUAUGUUUUUAAAACAGAGAAAAAAUUAGAUUGGAAAGAUAAUUAGAUGGUAAAAUAUAAAAAAAAAAAACAACAUUAAAGAAGAGUGACCAUCUCACUAACCCUGUCCCUUUUUAGAAAAAUCAUAAAUACAGAGGAAUUAAACAGAAAGGAAAAGAAAAAAGGAAAUACAUGAAAGUGUGGUAUGGAAUGAAAGAUAUUCUAUCUAGUUUGAUGUUUGAUUUUUUUGCACUAAUAUUAAGUCUUUUGUUACAUUUAAUAUGCAUUUAGUAAAAUUAUGAAGGAAGAUCUUUAAAGGAAUUCCAUUGAGUCGCUGAGAAGGGAAAUGAAACCAGGUGAAGUUCCAUUUUCAAUUAUGACCUUUUAUUUUUGUUUUCAUUGUAUACAAAUAUUUGUUUUAUUGACACAUGAUUAUUGUAAAAUGAUGAUUUUCUGUAUGAACUGGCAUUUAUCUAUUAAAUAAGGAUAUUAUUAUAUUUUUGAUAACUUCUUUAAAGCUAAGGGUCAGCUGGUAGAUAUUUGUAAGUGAUAUUAUUUAUAAAUGAUAUUGUAUUUUUGUUUUUGUUUUGCAGGUGAAAAUGCUGUUACUAGUUUUCUAUGUCUAACAUAAACCAAUUGUAUAAUCUUUAUAUCCAUCCAAAUUUCUUAUAAAAACAGAGAAUGCUUUAAAUAAAUUCUAAAACUUGUAUAGAAUAUUUGAACAUAUAGUUAAAAAAGCUCCAUUGUGAUUAUCUUGAAUUUGCUUGAAUCUUUUUACUUGAAAUGUUGAAGCUUUUGUUAAGAUUGAUAAGUAAGCUGCUCCCUAACUGAUAUUCAAAAAGGAAUGUUACUUCAAACUUGUUUCAAAGUAUGAACUUGAGCUUCACUGGAUUCUUUUUUUUCAUGAAGAAAAAUUUUCGUGGAUUGAGAAAAACUUGCAUGUUCGUGGAUAUUUAAUUUUAUGGUUUUGACAAAGUCUGCAUUAUAUAUUCCUUUAGAAAAUAUGUAGUCCAUUGAUCAUUUAGAUUUGUGGUGAACCUGUACUAAAAAAAUCCAGGAAAAUUAGUAUCCAACAAAUAUUAAUGAAUCCACAGUUAUAUAUAAAAUAUCAGUUAGAUUCUUGGGUACAAUUCGGAGUUUAGUAUGGCGUUCAUUAUCACUGAACUAGUAAAUAUAUUUGUUUAGGGGCCAGCUAAAGGACGCUUCUUGUUGGGAGAAUUUCUCCUUGUAUUGAAGACUUGUUGGUGAUCGUCUGCUGUUGUCUGUUCUAUGGUCUGGUUGUUGCCUCUUUAACACAUUCCCCAUUUCCAUUCUCAAUUUUAUUUAAGAAAAAUAGGACUUUAACCAUCAAGUUAAAAAGAAUUUUGCUUACUUUAGUAUGCCUAAUGAAUAUGUAAUGCUUUUGUUACGAUUGAGGAAAGUAAAUUAACAGUAGGUCACUUCUAGGUUGUGCUCAAGCUAUUUUCUUUUGUGCAAAUGAUUCUUUAAAUUCUCCCAUGAAGUCACAUAACAAUGUUCAAAUGUGAAUUUCCAGAAUAGUAUUUUUCAUGCAUAGUCAUAUCAGUUAUGCUGAAAUUAUCAAGCUUCUUUUUGGCAUGUUAUUAUAAAGUUAACUUCGUGAUCAGCAAGUUGCUGACAUGCCUUCCAACCCUCUUGUUUUGAAUGUUUCCCACAAAAAAUUACAACAGUAUUUACAUGUAUUGAUUUGUUUGAUAAAAUAUUGUUUUUGUACCUCAGACAAAAAUGUGCCAGUGGGGACCUUACUAACUUGUCAGUUUCCUUAAUCUAUUUUAUGACCUAUGUUGUAUCUAAAACUAAAAGGUUAUUGACAUUCCGAAUCAAAAACACUUUUACAAAAAAUCUCUAGAGGAAAAAUACUAGUAACGAAAUAAUGAAAAUUUCAGCAUUACUUGCUCUCAAUUUUUAUUUUAUAUUCUUUGGAAACAGAGCCCCCACAGUAUAACUUACUUAAGAAUUUAAUGCUUCUUUUUGUAAAUUCAUUGAGGUGUAAAAGUGUUGACUGAAGUACAUUUGGUAUGAAGCGUGAAAGCACUUCAUUCUAAAAAUGUGCGCACAGUCAACGCUUUUACAAUCCUAUGAAGUUACAAAAAGAAGCAUUCAAUACUUAUAAUUACAAUUUUUAGCGAUGAUCAUAAAAACACAAAUUUUAAAAGUUUUUUUUAUAUAAUUCACCUGUGCACUUUAUUGUGGACCACGUGUUAUCAUAAAUAAAAAGUUUUAUUGAGUGAUGCAAUUGCUGAAGGAAUAACACGUGACAAGCAGUUAACCAAUCAGAAUGGAGUAUUAUAAUGAAACAUACAUCUAAUGUAAUUAUAAUGAUAUGAUAACAAAGACUCCCUUAUUAUAUCAUAAGUAUUUUUGUUGACAUGCAAAAUAGAAUAACUAAUAAGAAAAACAUUACCUCUAUCUUAUGUUUAGUUUUUUGUUUUCCUGUUGAACUUAGAU